AUGAAUAAAAAAUCUAAACAAUUACAAACCAAAUUCACCAACACUUUAAAAACUUUUGCCAAUAAAAUUGAAGAAACUAAACAAAAUCAACAACAAAUUUUAGCAGAUUUUGCUUUAACCCAAAGCCAAGAAAACUCCGAAUUAACUAAAAUUGCCGAACAAACUAAAUCCAAAGAAGAAACUAUGGCCGUUGUCCAAAAUGCGGUUAAUUUAGUAGAACAACAAAUAGAAGUCCGCGAGGAAAUUAACCAAAUUUUAAAAGAGGAAGUAAAAGCCAGUAAAGAAGCAGUUAAGUCUUUAAUUGCUAAUCAGAAAGUUUAUAUGGAACAAGUUCACCAGGAAAUUAACAAGUGA